AUGCUCGAUCCCCUCCUGUCCAGACGUGGCGGCACGACGGUCGCUAGCAUCGACCGUCCGUGGAGGUUUGCCCCGAGAGGAGACUACGACGCCGACACGAACCCCAAGGGCCUUGUUUCCUUUGGGACCGCCGAGAAUGUCCGUUUCAAUGGCCAGGAACUCCUCUACCGCGGGAGCUCCCCCGCAUCCACCGACUUCCCCGACGCCUUGGCCAACCAUCUGAACGAGUACCUGGAGCCGCAUUCGCCCAUCCGCCCCGACCAGAUCGAGUGCUCCGACUCGGCCACGGCCAUGCACGACACCCUGGCGUGGGCCCUGGCCAACUCGGGCGACGCCUUCCUGACUAGCCGUCCCGUCUACGGCCGCUUCGAGAUUGACUUCUUCAACAAGGCCGGCGUCCGGGUCGAGUACGCCGACACGACGGCCGACGGGUGCUUUGACGAGUCUGUCAUUGACAAGUUCGAAGAGACCCUGGCGGACUGCACGAGGCGGGGUGUCAGCAUCAAGGCUGUCUUCAUCGUCAACCCGCAUAAUCCUCUGGGUACGUACGCUGGCCGACAUGGCAUCACCGGCCGUUGCUACCCUCGCGGUACGCUCGUGGCCCUCCUGGACUUCUGCCAGAAGCACAGACUGCACCUGAUCAGCGACGAGAUCUACGCGUGCUCCGUCUUUGACUCUGGCGAGCCCGACGUGGUGCCCUUUACGUCCAUCCUGUCCAUCGACGUGGACAGGCACAUCGACCCUCGCCUCCUACACGUGACGUACGGGCUGAGCAAGGACUUUGGCGCGGCCGGCCUGCGUCUGGGUGCUGUCAUCACGCGGAGCGAGUCGGUGCUCAAGGCGGUGCGGAGCGUGGCCCGGUUCCACAACACGUCGGGCCCCAGCCUCGUCAUCGGCACGGCCAUGCUCAGGGACGACGAGUGGCGCCGCAACUUUAUCCGGGGCAGUCGCGCCAAGAUUGCCGCCGCGUACAAGCACGUGUCGGACGGACUGAGGGACAUGGGCAUCGACUACCUCCCUGGGAGCAACGCGGGCUUCUUCAUCUGGAUCGACCUGUCGCCGUAUCUGUCUCCGCGAGAGCAGUUCCCCGAGUUUGCCCUGGCCGCCAAGCUCAAGGAUGCCGGUGUAUUUCUACAUCCCAAGGAAGAGCACUGCCUGAAGCCGGGGUGGUUCCGUCUCGUGUACACGCAGGACCCUAGGACUAUCACGGAAGGUCUAAUGAGAAACAACUCGGAAUAG